AAUAUUGGACCAGCGCAAUGUCUCCCGGUUCUGCUGAAGGUGUAGGCGACUCCAGCAGACUAGACUCGCCUACCUGCGUUAGUCCUGCGCAGUCGAGCGCCGUCAGCGGGGAUGAAGGAGGCCUGGGGGCCGAGUCGACCGGGGGUCGGGGUCAGUUACCCCCGCGAGGCAAUAUGCCCUUUUCGGUCCGGAUUUCAAGCGAAACGGUUGCCCUGUAGCUAGCCACUGCAGGGAAAUGGGGGGUUUUAUACUUUAUCGUGGACGUAGACGACCUCAGUUUUGGUACCAAUAAGAUUAGUAUUUUCAUAGUCGACAUCUAGCAUCGAGUAGUCUAAUGCUCAACGACAUAAGACUUUCCGGUUGGUGCUACAUCUAUUGCCACUUGACAGUACUACUACUUAAAGUACUGAUAAUUCCGCUACUCGAUAUUAGAUGUCCACUAUGAAAACACUAAUCUUUUUGGUACCAAAACUGAUGUAUGGAGUGAGCACUCUUGUCUUACUAUAUUUCUCUAUGACCACGGCAUAAGUGUAAAAACGCCCAAUGGACACGCGUCCCGUAUGGAUGAGGUGAUACGGUCCGCAGGCGAGAUGUGGGGAGGGUGUAGGUAACACCGGGGCUCUGCCAUGCUGACGGGGCAAGGGCGUGUGGAACCCCCGGGGAAAAUCGGAUCGUUUUCCCCAGCCAUGCGUCUGCAGCUCCCGAUGUCGCGCAUGAGUCCCAACUCAACACAUCUAUACCUCUUGGGUAGUCCUGGUGUCAAUGCGACAUCCCCAAAGGUGCGGGCUCCGUGGAGGGUGGGAAGCUCGAGAGGUGAAUUAUCAAGAAAACAAAAUAUGGAUGAACACAGAUCCCAAAACCCAGAACCAGAAAGAAAGAGAGGAGAGAAGAGAGUGGUUUCUGCAGAAGCGACGACAUUAAAUAUGGACGCUGGCGAGGGUGAGAAUGCAAAACGCAUUCUCACGGAAACAGAGUUACUCAGCAGACAAAAAAACAGAGCCAAGCGUUUGGCCACCUUGUUCGCGGUAAUGACAAAUCCCUUUACUGCAUUGACAGUAGAGCAAGCGGAGCAUAUUAAGAAUGCUCUCGAAAGCUGUAUUUUGAAGCUCGCUGAGCGCGUUCAGACCGAAGACACGUACUGGCCUUCGUUCUCGGGACCACCAGGCUAUAGCGAAGGUGUGCUCAAGUUACGCUGCGAGGGAAUGAAAGACGUGGAAUGGGUACAGAACGCUUUAGCCACUAUAAACUCACCAAUCCCGGGCACUAAACUAGUAAUUAAACGCCAAAGGGACAUCCCAAGAAGACUAAAAUCUGCAGUUCUUAUACCUUCUUGCACAGACGAUACCGAAACGAUCCACAACUUUCUGAUUUCUCAGAACGAGUGGUAUAAGAUCAGCAAGUGGGCUCUGUACAAAGUCGAACGGACCGAGGAGCCUCCAGGUACCUUUUUAGAUAUUGGUAUCCCAUUUGAUGAGAUAGCAACGGUAAUGGCAAGGGAGCGUAGGCUCUUGUAUAAAGAAAGCGUCGGUUAUAUCCGCUUUUAUGGAAAAGGGGCUACGCUGAAGGAUAUGCCACCACCAGCAUUGUAUACACCAGUUGUCUCUGACGCGACGACUUAGAGCCACCCUACCUAGCGUCUCCCGACGUCUUGUCAACUAUGGCUGCUGCUCGACGCAACGUCGACGCAACUGCGUAGCGACGCCGUAUUCCAUAGCGCUGACUAGACGCUGACGCUCAAAAGACGCUAGAGUGGGGUUGCCCUUAACAUCGCAGAGAAGCUUGUCGAGGUUUACGAGGCCUUUUGGAACGCUAAGUGUCAAAACUAUGUAAUUUUUAUUUUAUUAAGC